AUGCUUUUAUCUGCAGCUCAGCGCCUCCCGCGCUCUGCGCUUCUUCUCAUUUUUGGUUGCGUCUUUUCACUCUACAUACUAUAUACGCUCAACGUACAUGUCGGGGAUUACGUACCACUCUCAAAGACUCCUGUUACGAUCUCAAACCAAGAUACGUCGCUCCUUGAGGCACAGAGAUCUUUAUGGCAACCUUUUUAUCAGCAACUACUUCAACACAGGCCAAAAUGUGCUCCUGUUCCCCAUUCUGAAAUCGGCGACUUAGGCAUCGGCUUUAACGCUUCUGACCACGGCCACCAACGACCUGACAGGCUCUCCCUCUCCGCUGAACAGGUCACUGAGUUACGCUCAACUCAUAAACGCUUUGUACACCAUCUGCAGACACAAGCGUACUCUCUGCCUUUUGUUCCCAACACUCGAGGCAUUGUUACCACAGCCGGAGGAACUUAUCUUCCGGUUGCCCUGGUCUCGAUCCGAAUGCUCCGCAGUACUGGAUCCCAAUUGCCUGUCGAGGUCUUUCUGGCUUCUCAAGAUGAGUGGGAUCCAGAAAUAUGCGAUACCAUUUUCCCCUCUAUAAACGCUCGUUGUCUUGUGCUUGAAGAUAUUUUCAACCCUCUGAAGAGGAAAGCCAACCUGGGAAUCGACAAAUAUCAGUACAAAGUCAUGUCUAUCGUUUUUUCCUCUUUCGAGGAAGUCCUUUUCCUCGAUUCAGACUGUUUCCCAAUCUUCGACCCCAAUAUCUAUUUCGAGAGCGAACCUUUUCUCUCUACUGGAAUGAUUCGCUGGCCGGACUUCUGGUUCCCCUCUGAAAGUCCACGAUUUUUUGAAAUAGCAGGCAUUCCUGAACCUGCCCCAUGGGAGAAUACAGCCACCGAAUCUGGAGAGUUAUUUUACUCUAAGAAAAAGCACACCAAUUCUCUUUUACUCGCGAUCUACUACAACUUCUACGGACCCGACUUCUAUUAUCCGCUCCAGUCACAAGGCGCUCCUGGUGAGGGAGACAAAGAAACAUUUCUUUGGUCAGCAGUGGCGUUCAACGAGACCCUUUAUUCAGUCAGAAAGCCGGUCAAGGCUCUUGGAUAUGGUACCACGGCUGGCAUUUGGCGAGGUUCAGCAAUGUCACAAUUUGACCCUACAGCGGAUCAGAAAAGCCACGGUGCCGACUCGGGACAAAAUGACCAAGUGAGACCAUUGUUCGUCCAUGCGAAUUUCCCCAAACUCGACCCUUCCUCAAUAUUCGACGAUGUGUCGUUUGGUGCCACAGGCCCAACAAAAGAUGACGAUGGUAAACUCCGCAGAAUCUGGUUCGACGACGAAAAGGAGGCCACAGAAUUCUUUGGGUUUGACCUCGAGCGUAGAAUGUGGGAAGUCCUGCGCGAUCUGGCCUGCGAAUAUGAAGGCAAGAUCUCUGCCUGGAAGGGCAAAUCUGCAAUCUGCGAACACGCCACUACUUAUUGGAAUACGGUCUUUGGAAACGAAUCAGAACCACAUGGUUGA